GCAUGCAUAUAAGCCGAUCGAGUCCAUCGUUGGCCGUAGGGGGAAGAAUGUUCAAGAGUUCCCGCACCCUUGCAGCCCUACUUCUGCUGCAGCUCACGUGUCCUAUUCCCGGAUGGACGGGUGCAGUGUCGGAGAGUACCUCUGCCUCCACUGAGCUCUGCUCCAGCCCAGCCACAGAAGCAUGCAUCAAUGUACUAAUUGAG